UGCAAAAGAAUGGACAGUUUUAUGUAAAUAUUUAUAUUAUUCAAGAUGAGUGAAAGUGAAACAGAAAGUGAGAGAAAUUUUGAGAAGAAUCUUGUUAUACAAGAACGAUCUUCAGGAAGAUUUUUGAAGACGACCGUAGGGAAAUGCGAAAUCUGCAAUAAUAAUACAUAUUUUAAAUCGAAUUUCUAUUACUGUGAAUCUUGUGAAGCUGAAUUUAUUCAAACAAUAGGAUCAGCCGAAACUUUUACUUGUUGUAUGCUUGAAGAAGAUUCUGGCAAUGAUCAAUGUCUUCAUUGUUUUUUGGAUUCCUUUUACAUAAAUGGGAUUACAGCUAGUUCUGUCGGUCUCAAGAGAAUAUCCUUGUUUGAUUCCUCUUAUCUUUCAAAUAACGAAUUUCCUGUGCAAAUGAACAAAAAUGACCCUGCUAAUGAAAUGGAAAAAAUAUUUGAAAAUCACUUUAAUAAAAGCUCGUACGAAUUUUUGUUCUGGAUAUGUUCCCAAGAAGAAAUGUUAAAUUUAACUCCAGUUGACAGGGUAAAUUUUAAACUUAAUUAAAAUAUCAUUAUAUCGGAUGUUCAGGAAGCAUUUCGGGAUUUGCAAACUUAUAAA